UCUUUGGUCUCCUUCGUCUUCUUUCUUAUUUUCUGCAUUUCUAUUCUUAAAUCUGCGAACGAGAGAGGAGACACAGCUCUUUUUUACCGUGCUGCCAAUCAAAUCACCUUUGGCUUGGCUUUCGUCGUGGUUGGCGUUCAUACGAAAAGGCCACAUUGACUUUGUUGCAGUGUGGAACUCACUCCCGAUCUCGUCAAUGGUGAAUCUAUUUCUCUCGAUCAGUCGCUCGUGAUCGGUUCGUGGCGUGCUCCCUGUCGUCGCCAACAAUAACCUCGUCGUCGUCGUUCUCAGUUCUGCCCUUGUUCUGGUGGUGGUUCACUUCUCCCUUCGGUGUAUUGCUCGGCUUCGACGGUUCGCCUCCGUCUUCGGCAAAUCGGAUCGGUCCAUCAAUAUCGGAAGUGUCAAUAAUACCUAUUGAACCGAAACGAGCGCUCCCAAGUGCCGUUCAAACAAAAGGGAGAAAAGUCGCCUCGUGGUGAGCACCCUCAAGUCAUCGGCUUCUUCGAACUCGUGGUGUGUCGACGGGCCAGAAAAGGGCGAACGCACAAUCGAACGAACGGCCCAGAAAAAGCCAAUCGGUCGUUCGCCAAUUUCCAAUCACCCAGGCUCGCAGCCGAACCCACGCACCAUUCUGCUUAGCGAGAAACGAACCGAAUUGAUCUACGGAAGUGGCGCGAGAGAGAGAGAGAGAAAGAGAGAAAAAAAAAUCUGGUGCUCUCGAUUUGACUCGUGGGUACCUUGUCAUCUUCGGCCAAUUUUUUCGGCCAAAUGACAGGCCGGGGCUCAAGACCGGGUGGCAAAAGUGACGCUCACUGCCUGUCAAUCAUCUUUGAUUGAUGGCUUCUUGAUCGUGGCAUGGAUGGACAUUAUCCUUCGCUACGGGAACAAUCUAAUUGAACCAGUGGAAUGACACGCAGCAGUGAUUAUUAGAGGCUGCCGAUUCGCAACCCUCUUCGAGUGAAUCAUCCCCAAGAAAUCAGGCUCGGAUUUCGCACCACCCAGCCUUGCCCCAUGGGAGAGCGGAAAGUCCCUCUGUGAAGAGAACCAUUAGAUACAGUGCAUCAUCAUUCAAACUUGACGAGCCACCAGGGUCGCCAACCCAACCACAAAAGAGGUGAGAUCUUGGUUCGGUGUUCUCCUGGCGAUGCCCAAGUUCCACACGAGCUCUCCAAGAAUCGUUGGUUAUGAGUGCUGUGAUCAGCUCUCACUCCGUGUCCAAGUUUCUGUGCCAGAGUGAGCCUAGGGAUGUCAAGAAGGACCCGCCACACCCCGCAAUUGUCAGAGAGAGUUUCCUCCGAAGCGACCAUCGCGGCAAUCCCGACGUUAUGAGCUCAUCUUCGGCGCGAUCUGGACCGCCAAGAACUCACAACAACAACAGUAACAAUCCACACCAGCAGCAACAACAACACCAGCAACAUCAUUACGAAGAUCCCACGGCCUUGGCCUCUCACAAUAGGAGCAACAAUAGUGACCUUCAGAAAACCAAUAACGGAGACCAUCGCACCAAGAUGACCGUCGAUCUGGAAAUGAAGUCGAAUAACAACAUUGAUAACGAGGAUUUCGGCCUGGCCACCCGGAUCGAUGUACUCCAAACCACCUUGAAUCAAGUCCGGAGAGACACGGAGAACGAGAUCGCACGUCUUCGUGAUGAGCUCAUUGAGAAGAAUCGGACCUUGGAGCGAUUGGAAUCCCAUCUCAAAGACCAAAGAGACUAUGAAGAACUCAAACGACAGUACAUGAUCUUGAAAUCGAAUUUCCCGGUGCCAAACUCUGAAGCUUCCAGAGAAAAAUCUCCCCAUCGAGAGGAUUCCAGCCCAAUAAGCAUGGGCCCUGAUGGAAAACCGGGAUUAGCCUCGUUACCGCCACCACCCAAGGGGUUGGAGAUGUUCCUGCUUCAAAGGGCCAAAGCUCUCCAACAUGCCAACCCUGCACUAAAGGCAUUGGUAGACUUGCAAGCUGCUACGGCCAAGCCAUGGCUAGGGGACUUUAUGAAAGUGCCUCUAAUGGGUUCGCCUCUGAAUGAAGACAUGCUCUCGGCUUGGCGUCGAAACAUCGAGCAGAACAUUCAUUCGUCAUCCUCCAGCCUUCCACCUCCACCUUCUCCCCUUUCCCCAGCCCAUCGGUCAAACACUCCAGACCGGGCCACACCCCAAGACACUCGGCCUGCUUCGAGAGCAUCCGUUUCCAACGGAGGGGGCAGCACAGGGGGCGUGAACAACAUAGAAGACAACAAUAAUGGUCAUCAAAGCCCCGUGCGGUACGACCUCAAGAGUCCCUUCAAACCUGACGAGCCCUAUCACCUGUUUCCACCACUUCCUCCUUCUUUAAUGCAAGGAUCGCCAUUCCUGUCGUCAGCUCGUAUUCCCAAAUCAGACCCGAUCGAGGGCCACCUCCAGGAUAUGCUCCGAUACAACAUGGAGAAAUACGCCGGACAAGCCAUUGAUACCCUCGCCUCGGCUCGCAGGGUUCGUGAGCUAUUGUCCAUUCACAACAUAGGCCAAAGGCUAUUUGCCAAAUACGUGCUCGGGCUCUCCCAAGGGACUGUGAGUGAACUGUUGUCGAAACCCAAGUGCUGGGAGAAGCUGACUGAGAAAGGACGCGAUUCGUACCGCAAGAUGCACGCCUGGGCCUACGACGAGAACGCCGUGAUGAUGCUAAAAUCCCUCAUUCCCCGGAAAGGUGAGCUAUCCGCAAGGACGCCAACUCAUUCUGGUAGAGAAGUGCACUCUCGAAUGAGGUUCGAGUUUCCAGGUGAACAACCGGGUGCUCCCAGUGGUCUGGGGGGUCCAGGAGGGUACGGAGGGAUGCCUGGCCAGGGAAUGGGUGGACCCAUGCUUCGAGAUGACGCUUUUGCGAGGUUUCCAAGACCACCGCUAGAUCUGUUGGCCUCAACUCGAUUGCCAUUGCCUCCUCAUAUGGACAAAAACAAGAAGCCCGACAUGAAGCGACCGGACAUUGAGAUCCCCAGGCUCUCCACCGAGUCCUCGGUUAAGGUCAGCGAGGCCAAGCCACUCGAUUCAAAACCUUCGUCAGAUAUGAUGAAGGAUGCCCUACAAAAAUUGGCUUUUCCAAGUCUUACGGCAUUAGCCAAAGAGUCUGGCGAUCAUCGCAUGGGACUGGGGAUGGCUGGUGGGUUUAUGGGAAAAACGGCGGAAGAAAUGCAACGAGCCGUAGAGCUAUAUCAACAAGAAUUGGCCAAAUUGCAGCAGAGAGCUAUGUUGGGCAGCUCCUCAUUGACAGGUCCUAAUGAGGCUUCACAAAGCCAUUCUUCAGGGGACAAGGAAUCCAGUGGGGGCAAUGGUGGGGGCACUAGUGGCGGUGGGGGCAGUUGCGGCGGCAGUGGCGUGGGCGGCGUUGGAGGAGGAGGAGGAGGUACUGAUCGUGAGGAGAGGUCCUCGGCCUCGUCCCCAUGUCCCACUUCGCCCAGCCGCUCGGGUGGAGGGGGAGGUGGGGUGAGUCCUCCAAAGUUCAGUCCAUCUUCAUUUAGCCCCGCGGGGUUUCUCUCGGUCCCAAGUGGGAGUUCGGCUGCUCCGGCCCUGAUUGAAGAGAAAUUGUCUUCAUCAGCCUCGCCUCUCCAGGGAAUGGCCUCCAUUACCAAUUCCCUAACAUCUCAACCCAUUCAUUCUCCUUAUCGUCCCAAUCAGAGGACCUUCAAGGCAAUUCUCCCGCCCGUCACCCAAGAGCAAUUUGAUCGAUACGAACACAUCAACACCGAAGAGCUCGUUCGCAAGAUCAAGGAGCUUUUAUCGCAAUAUUCAAUUAGUCAACGUCUUUUCGGAGAGAAUGUCCUCGGGCUGUCCCAGGGCAGUGUUUCUGACCUUCUUGCCCGGCCCAAGCAAUAUCACAUGCUCACGCAAAAAGGCAAGGAACCAUUUAUUCGAAUGAAACUCUUUCUCGAUGACGAGCACGCAGUUCAUAAACUUGUGGCCAGUCAGUACAAGAUUGUUCCAGAGAAGCUCAUGAGGACAGGAAAUUACACCGGAACCUACUUGCCUCCCACCUCUGUGUCUCCUAAAUUAUUUCCAAACUCUCCAUUUGGUCUCAAGCCAUCAUCAAUGGGGCCUGGAGACUUCAAGUUCUUGCCUGGGGCCGAAGCGAUGCUCUCCGACCCAUUCGCUUUCCAAAGAAAACUCCAGGAACAACAGAGAUUGGCGCUUUUCUCGGGUGCCAGUUCCAAUGUUUAUGAGAUAGCCGCUCUCACACAAGAAUUGGACACCAUGCUCCUCACGCAGCGAGUGAAAGAGGUGCUGGCAUCCAGCAAUGUCGGCCAAAAGCACUUUGGUGAGGCCGUCUUGGGACUGUCUCAAGGCUCGGUGAGCGAGUUGCUCUGCAAGCCCAAACCAUGGCACAUGUUAAGCAUCAAAGGGCGAGAGCCUUUCAUUCGAAUGCAAUUGUGGCUUAAUGAUCCCCUCAACAUUGAAAAGCUCCACGCUUUUAAGUCAGAAACAGAGUCAUUGAAGAGGAAGCGUGAAUCAGAUUCCAACCCAGCCUCGCCCUCCGAGCUCUCGGAUCCCUACUCUGGACAAGCGGAUAGCCCGGGGAGCACGACCUCCUCUUCCAAGAAGCAGCGAGUUCUCUUCACACUACGUCAGAAGGAAUCACUCAAAGUGGCCUUCAACCUUGAUCCGUAUCCCAGUCCCUCGGCUAUGGAGUUCUUGGCUCAGGAGCUCAACUUGGAGCCCAGAUGUAUCAGCAACUGGUUCCACAACCACAGGAUGCGAUUGAAGCAAACCAAUCCCAUGGAAGCCGAAGCUGUCAUUCCCAGCAGUCGAGACGAGAGUCGACCUUUCGAUCCACUCCAUUUCCGUCUCAUGGUCAAUCAACGGAUCCUGGAGCUGGACGUGGAUUCCAAGGAUAACACCGACGGCCCAUCCGGCUUAGACCUUUCCAAGAAAAUCUUUGACGACACAGACGACGGAGACAUGUACAACGACAGCCCGGGGGCUAAGAAAACCUGUGGGGAUGACGGGGAUACCAUGGAUUGUGAGACCUCAUUGGGUGACAUAUCACCACCAACUAAUCGCGCCUCUCGACGGAAACCAAUCGCACCCCAAUGGGUCAAUCCCGUGGGUUGGUCCGGGGGCGAAGGCAAAGAUCUGGAUGAAGACGGCCAGCCUCGUUUGAUGACCGAUGUCAAUGCCAAAGAACUUGACGAAUCCUCCAACUGCAGUAACAACGAUCCUGGUGAACUGGUCCUUCGAAAGCAGCCAACAAACAACGACGACUAAACAUGUUUGUAUACUUCUUGGAGUCAGUAACGAAAGUGCAAAAAGAAAAAUUGUAGCAAUGACUGCUUGUUAGUCCCUUCCCCCCUCGCCCCUCGCCCCUCGCCCCUCCCCCCUCCCCCAUCACUCCUUUCGUUCCUCUCUCAAUUCGAAAGGCCCCUUUUGAUGAUGAUUUAUCCCCAUGAACCUUCUCCCGGAAUGUUACCAUUACCCCCAAUCCACCUACAUUGUCAACGCAUACCUUCAAAUACUAUGUAUUACUACCACGACGUUACCCACCAAGCCACCCACUCUAAACAGGCUGUUCUAAUGAACAAUUGCCAAGCCAUGACCCUUCUUUCCCUGUAUAGUAAUAAACCGACUACUUGAUCUCAGAAAAGGGCUCAUUCGCGGAAUCACUCAUUCGCAUUGUCGUAGGUCUGGCUGUCAGUAGAAAACUGCACUCAAAACUCCACCCUACCUACGCACUACCUUCAUGCAAACUCCUGUGUGUGGCAAAAGAUCCCCUUAUUACAUUGAUACAAUCAGUUCACCUGAUCUCGCUCGUUGUUUCGUUGUGGCUGUCCUUUGGCCGCAAACGACAAACUUUGCAGACCCUAGCUACUCGUCACUCUGUGCGAGAGUGUCGGUGUGUGCUAGUGUGUGCUAGCCCAUGUGUAGUAUUUGAGUGAAUGCGUGUGUGGUCACACGUUUACUACCAUACCUAUAAACCAACCGCUACCACCACCACCACCACCAUCACACAUGCUUGCCAUAACAUGGUAGUAGUCAAUCCUCCAUCGAUCUUUACCUGGUCGAGUAAUCCUAGCCCCUUUGUCCCCACCAAAAAAAGUAAGAACCAGAGCCUCGUUAUUGCCGUUCUUUUUCUUCUUCUUCCCCUUCUUCCACCUCUUUUCUUCUUUCUUUCUUGUCGUCUUCGCCAUUCUCUCACUCACUCACUCACUCACUCACUCACUCGCUCACUUGGUGUAUGUGAGUUCAGAGCGAGCGAGUGCGAUUGGGCUGCAAGCUUGGCCUUUCAGUUUGGACUCUCAAAGAGUAAACACUGUAGGGAAACGAACUCUUUUAGACUCGUUCUAACGAGAAGAUUGUAGAUUUUUUAUUGAUAUGCAUCAACCAGUCACAAAAGCCGUAGCUACUGGGCGAGCAUAGACACCGGUACCAAAAAUACUUGCCUCCUAGGUUUUUCCCAUUUCCACGUCUCGAAUUUUUCCGUUAUUUGAUGUUAUCAAUUCAGUCGAACGAUAUUGUCACAUGCGAAGCAGAAUCAGUAUAAAUCAUACAUUUAGAUGAAAUAAAGCACCAUCAAGUUCAGAAA